AUGUCCAUCGCGUUUAAUGUCGAGCAGGCCAUCGUGGCAUGCACGCCGUCUCGGGUGAAGACCGCCGGCGACGAGAAGCAAGUGCUGCACAGCCGGCUCUCAGCCGACCAUGAACCAGCCUCAACAGACGACGCCUCGGAUGCGCCUGCAGAGGAGUUCCAAGAGGGCGGCUAUGGCUGGGUCGUCGUGCUUGCCGUCUUCCUGCUCAAUGCCCACACUUGGGGCAUGAACUCGUCCUAUGCUGUCUUCCUGGCCUAUUACCUCCGCACGGACGCCAUUGGCGGUGCCAGUGCCAUUGCGUUUGCCUUUAUUGGCGCCUUUCUCGUGUCGCCUUUUGCCAACAUCUGCAUCCGUCGUCGCGGCACACGCACUGCUCUUUUGACUGGUGUUUUCUUUGAGACUGUCGCUUUCGUCGGCGCCUCCUUCACCAAGCAGAUGUGGCAGCUGCUGCUGGCCCAGGGUGUUGCCUUUGGCCUCGGCAUGGGCUUCAUCUUUGUGGCCAGCGUCGGCGUCGUGCCGCAGUGGUUCGUGCGGCGCCGGUCGUUUGCCAACUCGCUGGCGACGGCUGGCAGUGGCUUUGGCGGCCUGACGUACUCGCUCGCGACCAACGCCAUGAUCCGCCACAUGGGCCUGGCCUGGGCCUUCCGCACCAUCGCCAUCGUGUCGUGCGUGGUCAACCUCGCGUCGACGAUGAUGGUGCGCGACCGCAACAGAUCGGUCGGUGCCGUGCACGCUGCCUUUGACCGCACCCUCUUCCGCCGCCCCGAGUACUAUCUGCUGAUGAGCUGGGGCUUCUUCUCGCUGCUCAGCUACACCAUCAUCGUCUUCUCGCUGCCCGACUAUGCCGAAACGGUCGGCGGGACGGCCUCGCAGGGCUCUCUCGUCGGCGCCCUCUUCAACCUGUCGCAGGGAAUCGGCCGGCCGCUCAUUGGACUUGCCAGCGACCGCGUUGGCCGCAUCAAUGUCGCCGGUCUCGGCACUCUUGUCGCCGGUCUCGCCGCCCUGUUCGUCUGGAAUUUUGCCGGUCGCUACUACGGCGGUCUCGUCGUCUAUAGCCUCCUUGGCGGCUUCGCCGGCAUCCUCUGGGCCACCGUCGCGCCCGUUACCGCUGAGGUUGUCGGCAUCGCCCUGCUGCCUUCGGCCUUGUCCGUCUUCUGGGUCGUGCUCGCCUUUCCUGCCACCUUUGCUGAGGUCAUCGGCCUCAGCCUGCGCACCGCCGGCGUCGGCGCAUACCUGCAUGUGCAGCUGUUCACCGGCCUAUGUUACAUUGCCGCCUUUCUGUCGAUGUGGCUGCUCCGCGCCUGGAAGCUCCACCAGAUGGACGACUCCCGCCAGACGACGCCGUUUGUGUCUUUUCUGCUCAAGGGGAAAUGGGCUUUUGUGGUGGAGCGGGUAUGA